AUGACCCGCCUCCUCCCAGUCCUCAGCCUCCUCCUCCUCUCCCUCGGCGCCAACGCCUCCCCAUUUGCAACCCCACCCAGCUCCUCAAACCCAAGCACCAGCACCACCUCCACCCUCUUCGCCUUCGACCUCCCCUGCGCCGAGCUCACCACCCUCAACAACAACGUCACCCCCUUCCUGAACCUCGCCGUUCCCCCCGGAACCCCCAACAACAUCGUGCCCGAGGUGACGCGCCGCCUGGGCGCCAUUAACUCCUUCAUCGCCGCGUACACGGGCAUGCUGAACACGUUCAACACAAACAACUGCGCGAAUACAGAUACCGGUGUGAAUAUGAUCCAGGCGCGCCAAGCGCCCAUUGAGGAUUUCCGCGCGGCUGUUUGCGAAGCUGUUGAGGGCGCGGACAUGAGUGCGCUGCCUGAGGAGUUUGCGAGUAUGAGGGAGCAGUGGGUUGAGGCGAUGGGGUGCUCUGAAGGUGGCGCUGGUGGUAGCAGUGGGAGGUUCUAG